AUGAGGAGAAAGACCAGAAACUUCAGACAUAAGACAGUUAAAGACAAUAAAACACUUACAGAAGUGAGUGAGCAAGAAUCUGAAAAAGAUGGUAGUCAGUGCUUGGAUACUGCAACAAACAUGAAAAUUCAUGCUGGAAAGAGACAGUAUGUAUGUACUGAGUGUGGGAAAGCCUUUAGUCAGAGUGCAAACCUUACAGUACAUGAGAGAAUCCACACAGGGGAGAAACCCUAUAAGUGUAAAGAGUGUGGAAAAGCCUUCAGUCAUAGCUCCAACCUUGUGGUUCAUCGGAGAAUCCACACUGGACUGAAGCCCUACACAUGCAGUGAAUGUGGGAAAUCUUUCAGUGGUAAGUCACACCUCAUUCGGCACCAGGGAAUCCAUAGUGGGGAGAAAACUUAUGAAUGUAAGGAGUGUGGGAAAGCCUUUAGUCGGAGUUCAGGUCUUAUUUCACAUCACAGAGUUCAUACUGGGGAGAAGCCCUACACUUGUAUCGAGUGUGGGAAAGCCUUUAGCCGUAGUUCAAACCUUACUCAACAUCAGAGAAUGCACAAAGGAAAAAAAGUUUACAAGUGUAAGGAGUGUGGGAAAAUAUGUGUCUCUAAUACAAAGAUUAUGGACCAUCAAAGAAUUCACACAGGAGAGAAGCCUUACGAAUGUGAUGAAUGUGGAAAAGCUUUCAUUUUAAGGAAGACCCUUACUGAACAUCAGAGACUUCACCGUAGAGAGAAACCUUACAAGUGUAAUGAAUGUGGGAAAGCUUUUACUUCUAAUCGAAACCUUAUUGAUCAUCAGAGAGUUCACACUGGCGAGAAACCCUAUGAAUGUAAUGAAUGUGGAAAAACCUUCAGACAGACUUCUCAAGUUAUUCUACAUUUGAGAACCCACACUAAGGAGAAACCCUAUAAAUGUUGUGAAUGUGGGAAAGCCUACCGUUAUAGCUCACAGCUUAUUCAACACCAGAGAAAACAUAACGAGGAGAAGGAAACCUCAUAA